ACGGACAGACGGACGAUGAUCGAUAGUUUCUGGCAUAACAGAAGCCAGCCAUGGAUUUUGAAAUAACCAAAGUAUAGCGGCUGAGGUUUGGUUUACAAUAUCCUUCUCACACUCCCGCCAGGUAGAUGGCGGUAUGAAUGUUUUGUAUGUUUAUUGUCCUUUGCACGUUUCAGCGAAGUGCUGUUUACACUCCAGUGCACUAGAUGGCAGUGUGCAUUUUCUGAAUACUCAUCCUCCUCUGUACGUUUCCACCCAACUGCUGUUUCACACUCCAGCCCAGUAGAUGGCGAUAUGUACUUUAGGUGCUGAUGUUGCUAAUCUGAAGAGAUGACCUCAAAUCCUCCUGGCCAGGGUUUUCAGAACAAAAACCGGGUGGCUAUUCUAGCUGAGCUGGAUAAGGAGAAAAGACGACUGAUCCAGAAUCAGACCAUGAACAGUCCGGGGGCCAGCAUUCCUCUCUCAAGACCUGCUGUGAAUAAGGAUUUCCGAGAUCACGCAGAGCAGCAACACAUCGCAGCUCAACAAAAGGCUGCUUUACAGCACGCACACGCACAUUCCUCCGGCUUCUUCAUCACUCAAGAUUCUUCCUUCGGAAACCUCAUACUCCCGGUGUUGCCACGUCAAGAAGCAGAAUAACGGAGACCAAGAUGAGAAAACUAAAUAUUUCAGGAGAUUGUGUCCUGUUGCCAUCUGUUUGUGUUACGUAGAAACUGAUGUAUUAGUGAAGGUGUUUUCUGCCAAGCAGAGAGGACAGUUCAGUGUGUAUUCAGGUCACUUGAAGGAGUCUCAGGUUGUCAUUUUGAUGGCAGUUAUCUCUUAAGAUUUAAAAAGGGUUGAUCGAUUCCCAAACUUACUUGUAUUGUGUAUCAAGGUUCAUUUAGUGGUUCAGUACAUCUACGAGGGCACAGAUGGUGUCAUAUCAUGGGGCAGAUAGAUGCCCGGAAUACCCCGAUCCCCCCGCCAGGUGCCUGCCUGUAGCCGUGAGACCGUAAACGGCCUUGCUUCUCACAUAAAAACCUGAGUGCCUAAAACAUCUCUGCUCUGGCCUGGAGAUACUGGGUACAGAGAUUUUAUUUUCAUGCUUUGAUUGAUGUGAAUGUCAAUAAAAUUAUCAAGAAAA